CAGUGCUCUUGAGUUUGAUUUCACCACGGCUUUCGGCAUUUGCUGUUGCUUGCUGCGUUGACUACAACUCAAAGGUCAUUAUAUCGUUGUUUCUAGCUCAUCGAAAUGCAUCCACAGUAGUCACAGUGCUAUCGCACAGUGAUUGGAGGCUUCAGGGCGCAUGGCGGUGAUGAGCUGUCAAGCACGAGGUGGGGCGGUACUGUUCACCACUAAACCGAAGUUGCCCAUCCAACCGCGGAGAUUCGCGCCGCCGUUAACAACAACACAACGCAGCGGCCACGAUCUACAGAUGCACACCACAGCAUACGGCCCGAAUCGGCCUCAAAGCAACUCUCACUGCUAAUUGAGGUUCUCGAGCGACCCAUUGUUAUUCCGCGCUCGCUCACGUCCACGGGUACCCCGAUCCAGCGACGUCGCACGGCGACAAACAUUCCAACAUUCCAACAUGACCACGGUCCACCACUCACCCCCGCCGGGUACAGCUCCCUUCGCAAUCUAUGAAGACCCAGAAGACCUCGAACCGCCCUCACCAUCCGAAGAAGGCGACGUGUCUUUCACGUCUGACAUGUCAAUGUUUGGGGCCGACGUAGCCAUCCCAAGCAUUGAGAGCGGGCACGAGCUGCUGGACGAACCAGAGCCGUACAAUGGCGCGUACACGUCCCGAACAUCGAUACUCUCGUCAUCUCGCCGCGACUCCACCAUGACAGACAACAGCUUCGUCUCGUCGCUUCCAUCCGAAUUCUCGGUUGCUUCCAAACCAGUAACCCCGGCCAAUGCCCUCGAUUCACGAUAUUCGCCGCGCAAAGAACGUCCCCCGUUCCGAAAUCCAUCGUCGGUACGAGCCAUGCAGAUGGCGUCUCCAGCACCGUCACUUGCACUAGAAGCCCCCCGAGAGCGCACAAAAGGGAGCUACAAGCUUGCGACACCAAGUAAGAGCGGCAGGUCGGAUUCGGUGUCGACCACAAGUAGGCGUCGAUCGCGGUCACACAGGGACAGCCUGCAUAUGGAUUACCCAGCUCAACAAGCGCGGGCCAGUGCAACACCGCAGCCGUUGCCACUAGUGCUACUCCACGUUACGAUACUGCCGAUGCAGAUGCCCUACACGCCUGAGGUCAUGCUUAAGAUCAUGCCGGAAUGGCUCGUGGAGAAUUACAAGGUCCUGGAAGAGAAGCUCCAAGAUAUAGUAUUGAUGCGGAGAGGUCUUUUAAUUCAACAUCCACGAGACGAAUUUGAUGUGCUAGAGGAGCGGAUUCUUGAGAGUCUUGAGCUGAAAACGCCCCGACUGCUCCCAUGUGGGCACUUCGUUGCGCCUGACUCGGACGACGAAGAUGCCCCGGGCUGUGACGAUGAGCAUACGCAUGCCGCGGACGACGGAGCAGGGCGAGGCAGUCGCAUGAGCGGAGGCACGAUCACCGCCGAAGAUGAACCUGAGUUGAGGUACCCUACACCUAAUUCAGAGGAUGCAGGUGUGUGCAUUGACUGUCAUCGACAAGUGAAGAAGCCAGGCCAUGGCGUUGGUGCAGGUACAAAGAGGUGGGACAUCAAGAUUUAUGCAGCAAACGGGUUAAUGCGUGCGGGAGCUUGGGUAGCAGCGUGGAGUGAGAUGGAGAGAUGUGACGUGGAAAUUUCGCCGUGGAUCCCUCACGAAGUGCGGAAGACUCUUGACAAAAGGCUGGAGCAAGAACAAGAAAAGGCGAAGGCGAAGGAGCUCUACGCAGCCGAACUCAAGCGUCAAAUGGAUGAAGAGGCGGCCUCGCAAAGGAAGUUGGAAGAAGAAGCAAAAGCGAAGCUACAAUCGGAGGAAGCCGAGCUCCGGAUCAAGACUGAGGCAGAGGCGAUCAUGCUGCAGAGGAGGCUAGAGGAAGAGGCUGCAGAGAAGAAGAAGAAGCUCGAAGAGAGUCUCGCUAAAAAGAUUGAAGAAGCCAAAGAAGCCAUCCGAGUCGAGUUUGAAGCCCAGGCACUGAUGGAGUCCCAUAGCAUCGCUGAACGAUUCCGUGCUCUGGAAGACGCACUGAAGGCCGAGCGCGCAAAAGCCGCCGCACAAGCUCCUCCCGUGCUUCAAGUGCCUCAUAUUUUGUCUCGCUCACGCAGCCGAUCCCGACAUCGGAACCGUUCGCGAUCUCGUCGCCCACGCCUCGAAGAGAUUCCGCUGGGCACGUUACUGAAGAACUAUUUUGUUCUGCAGCUUCAGGACUCACGCAACUUUUUCAUUCUGAUACUCGGAGCGCUCGUCGUCUUUCUACUGACGAGCUUCAAUCCCAACUCGAAUCUUCCUCGGCCUACUUUGGAUCUGGCGACCGACGUCUCCUUGGAGCAUAUGGCGGAGUCUGUGGUUCCGAUCGUGGUCACUUCCACAGCUACGAUGACUGCAACAUCGUUCUCUACGCUAGUGGUCACGGAGGUGCAGAUACUGGACGGGCCUAGAGAGACUUUGUCACUACCAUCAUCCGAUAUCACUGUGGCUGAAGAGGCAGUAUCUACUCCCUCGCCGUCUCCCGAGGAUGAGCUUAACGCAGUGACGGUGCCAUCGGCUAAGACUAAAGAUGUCUACGAGAGUGCCGAGCUUGCAAGUUUCAUCCUUCAGGAGCUUGCCGAACAAGUCGUCAGUGAGCACGACACGGCCACGCUCAAGGAUGAUCAAAUCUUCACCGAGGAGGUCUCUGAAAGCGUUGGAUCGGCAGAAACACUGGCAACAAGAGUUGAAGCAGGUCCUGCGGAGUCUUUUGGGGCAAUAGAAUCCAUGUCUUCAUCUGUCACAGUUGAGGUUCCCGAAGCUCAUGAGACAAUUCUGGGGGCGUCUGUUGAUGAAGAAUCCAUACCCGAGGAACUCGUUGCUGAAGAGCCCAUUGCUGAGGUUCUCACUGCCGAAGAAUUGCAUGCUGACUCUCACCUGGCUGAGCAACCCAUUGCUCAGGAGAUCAUGGCUGGGGAACCCGUUGUUGAGGCACCCCUUCCCGAAGGUUUCGUUUUUGAGCAACCCAUGGCUGCUGAAGAGACGAUCGUUUCAGAGAUUAAAGCUGAGCCAUCUUCACCCAAAGAAGUUGGCUCACCACUUGAGUCUGCCUCACCCGAAGCUGGAAACGUCAACGUUGAAGAGAUCGCAGACGCCGAGACACAGCACGAAGCCACACCAGAAUGGGAAACCGUACGGGUCAACGAGGAUCCGGUUCUGUCCGAAGACGGCGGCUUGCCGGCUGUGCAUGACAGGGACGAGCUGUGAGUGCCCCAAAGCCACAAUAUCGUCCGCUGGGGCUGAGCACAACAUAACCCUUUUGGGACAUGCACGAGCUUCGCCACACAACACACCCCUAUCGUGCAUGUCUAAGGCGUUAUUGUCUGCCUUCUUUGACCGGUUCGCAACCAUUGCGUCGAACAAUCGAAAUGCGUAAUGCUCCCAACCCCUUAUCACGACACACAAACAACCUUACGACGCAAUGCACACAGCCACGAUCCGUUCAUCUUUUUUCUUUCCCACCCAUGUAGCGUUGAUGCAUUGCCAUAGCGUGGAGUUCUAGGCAUUUCGGGAAUGGUCAGCAUAGCGAAGUCCCUUUGGACUAUGAGCUGUGCAUUGUAGGGCGGAUGUCGGGCUGUCAGUAGAUAGUUUAGUAAUGCCAUCCCAUGAUUCACCAGCACAAA